AUGUCUGAGAACAGAAUGGAGGAGACCACAGUGAAGGACAACAGCCCCCCACAGAGAGGACCUCACAGUGGGGACGCUGAGAGGCCCUUACUCACUCACAAGUGGAGAUCCUGCAGGACCACUCGAACCACAGUCAAAGUGUGUCUGUUGAAGCUGAAGGCAUGGAUGGAAACCCUGUGUGGUCUGGAGUGGUACUGCUUUGCUGCUCUGGGGGUCUUCACAGCUCUGCUCAGUGUUCUUAUAGACCUCAGUGUUGCCAAAAUCAUCACAGCACAUCAGCGGCUCUACCUGAAUCUGGAAGGCAGUGUCCUCCUCCAGUUCCUAUGCUGGACUCUUUACCCAGCAUGCCUCUGUGCUAUGGCCUCCUGGCUCUCUCAUUACGUCUGUCCUUUCUCCACAGGUUCAGGGAUCCCAGAAGUGCGCUCUCUGCUGGCGGGUUUUGAACUGCCCCAGUACCUGUCCGUAUCCAACAUGUUCACCAAGAGCCUGGGUCUGAUCUGUACCCUGUCCGCGGGCAACACACUUUUCCUCGCCAAAGUGGGCCCCUUUGUGCAUGUGUCCACUAUGAUGGGAGCGUAUCUGAGCCGCCUGUGUGUUCGUAUUCAAGGCCAAAAUAAGGCAGAUGUUGGUGAUCAGAUGAUGGUGGUGUCGACAGCGGUGGGCGUGGCCAGUUGUUUUGGAGCUCCCAUCAGUGGUGUUCUGUUCAGCAUUGAAGUGGCGUGCUCGUUCUUCCCUCUCAAACAUUACCUGCCCUGUUUCCUGGCUGCGUUCUGUGGGGCUCUGACCUUCAGGCUGUUUGCAGUCUGGACUGGAGAGGAAGAGACGGUACAGACUCUGUACAAGACAAACUUCUCCACAAAGUUGCCGUUCUACCCAUUGGAAAUCCCUCUCUUUGGCUUUCUUGGACUGUUGUGUGGAGCUGUGUGCUGUCUGUACCUCUCCUGCCAUCGUCAGCUCCUGCAUUUCACCAGAACUCAGCCCAUCUUGGUCAGAAUGCUAACGACAGAGAAAGUGCUGUACUCUGCUGUGGUGGGCUUCUUCCUGGCCUGUGUGACCUUCCCUCACUCUGUUGGACAGUUCAUGGCCUCUAAGUGCACAAUGAAGCAGCUCCUCACCUCUCUCCUUCAAGCUGAGUCAUGGCUGUCCCCAUCCCAAAAUGCAACAGUGCUGGAGUCGGCACCUUGUAUGGAGUGGACCUCUUCAAUGCUCCCUGUACCUCUGCCUCUGCUCAUCUUCCUGCUCCUCAAAUUGUGGAUGCUGCUGCUGGCCUGUACCCUGCCCAUACCAGCGGGAUACUUCAUGCCGGUCUUCAUUUAUGGGGCAGCAGGGGGAAGGCUGCUUGGAGAAAGUCUAGCCUAUGUGACAUCAGGUUUAAACUGGACUGCAGUGAAUCCAGGAGGCUACGCUCUGGCAGGUGCUGCAGCGUUCUCUGGAGCGUGCACUCAAAGUCUGUCUCCUGCCCUCUUGGCCCUGGAGCUGACAGGACAGCUCUCUCACAUCGGACCCAUCUUUGUCUCCACGCUCAUCGCCAACAUGGUGACUCGGGCGGGGAGGCGGCCAUCUUUUUACGAUAAUCUGACCAUUAGCAAGAGACUGCCUCACCUCCCCUCGCUAAAGAAGGUCUGUCCCAGCCUGGCGCACCUGCCUCUUGGACAGCUGCUGAGGGCCCCGUCAGUGCUGGUCCAGAAGGCAUCCGGACAGGCGGAGGUCCAGACUGCUGUCAGCACCAGCGCUCAGCCUCAUGUCCCUGUGGUGGAGUCUGACGAGACUCUGUAUUUAGUUGGAUACGUGACCCGCACCGAGCUGCUGGAGUUUAUCAACCAAGACCAGGUAAAGAAUCUGGGGAGAUGUGUGGAAGAGGUCUGCUGCGUUCACUGUCCCUCCGUCCUCUUGUCAUCUCACAGCACUCUUCAGCAGGCGUACAGAAUCUUGAGUGUGAGCAGAGAACAGACCAUGUUUGUGACUGACGCAGGAAAACUGAGAGGAGCUAUAACAUGGCCCGAGCUGAAGAGGAUGCUGGAGGACUUGGCCACAGACAUCUGAAGGCAGGAAAUGAAGAUGGUCCUCUGAUCAAACGUGGGCUGUUCUGAGUCUAAUUAUCGUGUAGUGUAGUACCAGCAGCACAUCCCUGUGAACAAAACAAACAAACCCCUCGUACCCCUUCAUCAUGACCUAUUGUCUUCUGUUGCUGUUGUAAUUAUC